AAGCCAUCACAUGUUUAGAGGAAAACACACAAUAAUAAAACGCAUUGGCUCCUAACCCUAAAAGACGACGUCAUAUUGCUUCUAAUUUUCUCCAUGAUCAUUGGAUUUGAUACUAGAACGAGGUGAGGGGCUUUUGUAUCAAGGUGCAGAAUGAAUGUAGAAGACGAUAGACUAAGUAGCUUGCCAGAUGAUCUUAUCCAUAAAAUUCUCUCUUUUAUAGGGACCGAACAUGCUAUUCAAACUAGUGUUUUGUCAUCUAGAUGGAGAUUUAUAUGGACUUCAAUGCCUUAUCUCAAUCUCUCACAUGAUGAUUUCUUUAGGUUGCCCACGUUCUCCAAAUUUUUUACACGUGUUCUCUCUGACCGCAAUAAUCAAUCAGAUAUGACUUCUGUCAAGCUUAGUGUUCAUGGACACGGUACCUAUUUGGUUGUCAAACAAAUUAUGGCGUAUGCAUUCUCUCACAAUAUCCAACAACUGAAUCUUGGAUUCUCUUGUAACAUUGAUUUUGAAUUUCCUCUUUGUCUCUUUAGGUCUCGGUCUCUUAAACAUCUUAGUUUGACAACGGAAGAUUUUUCAUCUAAUGGGUACCGUAGGAAAUUCUCCUUUACAUAUGUUUUUAAAGCAACGUCUACGUGGGAUCUUCCUGCUUUAACAACAUUGUAUAUUCAUGAUGUCUAUUUGUGUUAUGAUGAAAACACAGAUGAGUUGUUCAUUGAUCUUUUCUCUAAGUGUGCAAACUUGAAGAAUCUCACCUUAAAAGGCUGCUAUACAAAAGGAUUUACGGGUUUAAGUAUUUGUCUUCCACUACUCACUGAACUUACACUUGAAACUGAAUACGGGAGUGUGGAGGUUUUCAAUAUCGUUGCACCUCAACUCAAGAAUCUCACUAUACGAAGUUUCAUUUCGGAAAGUCAUGAAUAUCUUAUAUCUGCACCACACCUUGUAUUCUUGGACUAUAAAGGUUGGUCUUGUUUGCAGCUUUCUACAAAUGCUUUCCUUUCUUUGGAGAAGGCGCAUAUUUGUAUAUCCUAUUCAACCUAUGCUCAUCAAGUUCUGCGCCUGCUUCAACAGAUUCGCAAUGUCAAGUUUCUUACGCUUAACUUAGAAGUUGUUGAGCUUCUUUCUUCAUUUGUGGAACAAUUGGCACAUCUACCUUCCCCAUUUGCUAACUUAAAGAGUCUAAAGAUUCAUCCAGAAAGGGAACGUUUGAAAGUGCGAGAACAUAAGAGAGUAGAGAUGUCUGCAGAAGUCAGAAGCUAUCUGCUAGAUGGUUCUCCUGGUGCCACCUUCACAAUGGUUUCACGUGAGGAUAUUAAAUCUAUGAAGAAGUUAGCCGAAAACCUUAGGACUGUGCGCAUUGCUAGAGCAGGAGAAAGCUAGUACAGAGACGAAAUGGCAAAGAUGCACGAACAAGGGAAAUAAAAGGCUUUCGACAUCAUUUCAAAGUUGAACUUGCUACAACAUUGCAGCCAUCUUUCUUAGCUAAUUGUAAUUAAAAGUGUCAUGAAACCUUGUUAUUGCUGAAAAUCAGUGUCAACUCUUUUCUUUUCUUUUUAUUUUAUUGAUUUGGUUUACAAUUUUUGACACAUGAUGUGAAACCCGUGUUAACCUGAUUAUUUGGCAAAGUAACAUAGAACACAUCAAAUAUUUUUUU